AUGUCAAAAGCAAAGAAGGUCAAUUAGUAGAAAAAUCACUAAGACUCGAGUAUUGGAACAGAGGAAACCUACGAGUUGAGAAAUGUUGGUAUUCAAACAGCUCAGCAAACUAAGGACUACAUUAGCCCUUAGAUGGUUAGUCAUCAUAAUUUGGAGAAGUACGAUUACAACUCUAUUUUCUACACUCCAAGGACAGUCUCAUCAAUGGUAUUCGCAUUAUUCGUAUUGAACUAUUUCGCAUAUACCCUAGUCCCCUUAAAUGAUGCCUCAGAUAUCAAUGCAGAUUAACCCAAGGAUGGAUUUAAGUAUACCUCAAAGAUGUAAGUUUUGCUAAUAUCUAAAGCAUAUAGUGGUAUUAUUGCAGGUAUUUUCUCAUUUUUAGCCUUUUGCUCUACCUAAUAUCCAGACACUCUGAUCAAGAGACCCCAUCCAGUCUUUUGGAGAGUACUACUAGGUUUGAUGUCUAUCUACAACCUCUUUAUGGUCUACUUACUCUUCCAACCACUUAAUGAAGGCAGAAAGGUGUUUAAAUUCUUUGACCCAAAACUAGGAGAGAAGCUACCAGAGAAAUCAUAUGCAGCUGACUGCAGAAUUUUCACUCCAGAAAAUCCCAAUAGCUCCAUGUUUAAUGUCUAUGACGCAACCUUCGAUGUCCAUUUCAUUGCUCAUUUGUUUGGCUGGUGGUUCAAGAUGAUGAUUAUCAGAGAUGUAAAGAUGUGCUGGAUCUGCAGUAUUGUAUUUGAACUCCUUGAGAUCACUUUCAGACAUUGGCUUCCUAACUUCUGGGAAUGCUGGUGGGAUCAUUUACUACUAGACUUGUUUGGAUGUAAUGCCCUAGGUAUUGUUCUUGGUGCUUACACUUGCAACUAUCUUUACGUUGGCAGACUUCACUGGAUUUAUACAAAGAAUAGCAUUACUCAAUAAAACCCAUGUGAGAGCAAAGUCAAGGUAUUCUUUGAGAAAUUCAAGCCAAAUGUUUGGGCCAAAUAUGAUUGGGGUUUCUUCAGUAGUCCUCAAAGAUAUCUUUCGGUUUUAUUCUAUUGCUUCUUCGUCUUGGCAGUUGAUUGCAAUAACUUUUUCCUUAAAUUCAUUAUAUGGAUCCCCCCUGAACAUAAAAUCUUGCAAGUCAGACUUGCCAUCUGGGCAUUCUCGGCUAUUGCUGCCACUAAAGAAUACUAUGAAUAUGUAUCUAAUCCAUACUGCAAAAGAGUUAGUCCUUUCCUGUGGUUGACUUGCUUUACUUUAUUAAUUGAGUUCUCUAUUAUCAUCAAAUUCGGUACUCAAAUGUUCACGGCACCCUUCCCUUGGUAUGUCAAACUUAUGUGGUCAGUUAUAGGCUUCUUUGUAUUGUGUGGAUAUAUUUAUGCUUAUAAGAAUGAUAUCAAAAAUAAUUCAAAAGAUAAAAAGGAGAAAGAUGCAAGAAAAUAUCAAUUAAACGAUCCAGUAAUCGAAAUCGAAAAUAUUAGCAAGAAAAACCAAUGA